CGGGGGCAGAGGGUGGGGCUAAGAGGGCAUGGGAGGAGUUAGUCGUGGCCAAAGAGAGACUACUGCUGCAGGAGGAGGAGCUGCAGAGCAAAUCAGAGGAGCUGCUGAGUCGUGGUGUGUGUGAGGGGUGUGUGUGUGUGAACGUGGAGGAGUUGAAAGGUCAGGUGAACAAACUGCAGAGCAGGAACAGAGAGCUGGAGUUGCAGAGCAGUGGGAGAAACAACGACUACGCCAGACAGCAUACGGAGGCCCUGGCUAGUCUGCGUUCUGAGAUGGUGAGGGCUCAGUCAGAGGAGCUCCGGAGAGAACGGAAACACGCAGAGGUGGAAAAGGAACAAAUGCAGAAAGAGAGAGAAGAAGAGAGAGACAGACUGGAGAAAGAGAGAGAAGAAGAGAAAGACAGACUGCAGAAAGAGAUAGAAGAAGAGAGAGACAGACUGCAGAAAGAGAGAGAAGAAGAGAGAGACAGACUGCAGAAAGAGAUAGAAGAAGAGAGAGACAGACUGCAGAAAGAGAGAGAAGAAGAGAGAGACAGACUGCAGAAAGAGAGAGAAGAAGAGAGAGGAAGAGUGACAACACAGAUGGAAGGAAACACAGAGCUCGUAGAGGAGCAGAGAGAGAGUCUGAACCGGGAGAAGAAGAGAUUGAAGGAGCAGGCAGACGAGGAAAGGAGGAGAUUGAAGGAGCAGGCAAACGAGGAAAGGAGGAGAUUGAAGGAGCAGGUGAAGAAGGCGAUAGAAGAGGUGAUGAGGAAACAUGCAGCUGAGCUCCACAACGCCCAGGAAGCACUGAGGACAAACCAAGAGGUGUGUGUACGUGUGCAGGAGGACAGGAGGAGUGGUGAAGAGGUGUGUCGAAGGCUGGAGACUGAGAGGGAGGAGCUUAGAGACCAGCUGCAGCAGGCAACCAAUCAGAUCUGGCGUUUGGAAGGAGUCAUUCAGCAGCAAAGUCAGGGGGUGUGGCCUCUGAAACUCCUCCCACCUGCGGAAUCCACUGUUCCCACCUCCGAGAGGAUCUACAGCACAUACAGGAAGAGAUGGAGCGACAGAGAGAGAGUUACCAGAGGGAGACGACAGGUCUGAGAACAGACAAACAGAGACUGGAGGAGAAGGUUCUAGAGCUCAACCAACAGACCCAAGAGAACACAGACAGAAAUGUUCUAGAACACAACCAAGAGAACACUGACAGAAACGUUCUAGAACACAACCAAGAGAACACGGACAGAAACGUUCUAGAACACAACCAAGAGAACACUGACGAGAGAAUCCGGUCAGAGUGUGAGGAGCGCCUGAGGGCGGAGCUUAAGGCGGAGCUUGAUGCGGCUGUUGCCACGAGCAACCAGAGAGAGCAGGAGCUGCAGACUCAACUAGCCGAUCUCCAAUCACAGGUGGAGAGGAAGGCGGGGCCAGCAGAGGGUCACCAUGACGACAGCGAGAUUGACAGGCUGCGGAGGGAGGUGCAGGAGACCAGAGACAUGAACCAGAGACUGAGAGAGCAGCUGCAGGAGGAACCACAGAGACACUCUGAAGAACGACACGUGGCGGCGAUGCAGGCUCUGGAGAGACGAGCUCAGGAGGAACUGCAGACCGAGAGGAACAGACUCCACACACUGCACCUGUUACAGCUAGAUAAGCAGGGUACAGAGCUGAGCCAGCAGUACACAGAGUGGAGUAGACAGUUGACCCAGAGACACAUGAAGCACAUGAAGACCUGCAUGACCGAACUACACACACACACAGAGAUGAUGGCCCUGCAACAGGACCUGAAGCAGCAGAAUGUGUGUAGGACCUACACCUGA